GUCCCUCUGUUGUUGUUAUCCAGAAAUCGUCGGAGAAGAAGAUAAAACACAAAGAGCGACGAGAGAGAGAGAGAGAGAGAGAGAGAGAGAAAAUGGAGAAGUACUUUGGAAAUGCAUACAGGGGAGAUCCAGGAGUGCCACAUGCUGAUGCAGAUCGGUUUGUGAAUAUAUGGAUUGGUUCUGCUGCUUUCUCUGUUCUCACCUGGGUUAAUCCUUACAUGUGGCAGCUCUCUAACCAGUUCAAUUAUCAUGAUAAGUGGAUGCUGUUUGAGCAGUACCACUGGAAAAAAGCAAGGGCAAAGAAGCAGCCUUAUGAAUUCAAGUGGAAUAAGAUACCUAAAGAAGUCAGGGACUCGUAUUAUUACAACUGGCCUGUCUACUUCCCAUAGAAGUGUCUGUGUUGCGCCGCCUUGUGAAUCUGAAGAGAGAAACCAAAAACUUGUGGAACUUCUAUGGAAUCUAGCUUUAUCUCGUCUGUUCUGUUCUUUGUACUACUUUUGGAUUUUAAGUUUGUAUCCAUCAGUCUCAACUAUUUGCUGUUUCAUCUCCUCUGGUUGAAUUUCUUAUGGCAUUCUUGAAACCAUCUCUUAAGCGUAGAACUAGAAUCCAGUGCUUGCUAAAAUCUGAAAUAGUUACUAAUGAAUAACUGGGUCCUGA